GUUGCAGCUGCUCCCUGGUGGCUACCUGUGAAAGGAGCCAAUUGGAGACACCCUGAAGGUCCUGACUCUAACAUCUUAAAGAGAAUGGAUCACCCAGUUCUUCAUGUUUCCUGGAAUGAUGCUCUAGCUUUUUGCACUUGGGCAGGAAAACGGUUACCAACUGAGGCUGAAUGGGAAUAUAGCUGUCGAGGGGGCCUUGAGAACAGGCUUUUCCCAUGGGGCAACAAGCUUCAGCCAAAAGGUCAGCAUUAUGUCAACAUCUGGCAGGGAGUGUUCCCAACUAAUAACACUGCAGAGGACGGAUAUAAAGGAACUGCACCUGUAACUGCAUUUCCUCCAAAUGGAUAUGGCUUGUACAACAUUGUAGGAAAUGCCUGGGAAUGGACAUCAGACUGGUGGGUAGUUCAUCACUCAGCAGAUGAAACUCGCAAUCCUAGAGGGCCCUCGUCGGGGACUGACAAAGUGAAGAAGGGUGGAUCCUACAUGUGCCACAAGUCCUACUGCUAUCGGUAUCGCUGCGCAGCCCGUAGUCAAAACACCCCCGACAGCUCCGCUGCCAACCUGGGCUUCCGCUGUGCCGCAGACCCCUGA